AUGGGCAGCAUCAUUGGAACCAUGGGGUGCAGCAGUUCUGUAGCUGACAGGAAGUCAGAGAAUGUUAUUAGAGCGGCAGUCCUCAUCCAGAAGUGGUACCGCUUUACCAUGGCCCGGCUGGAGAUGAGGCGCCGCUAUUCUCUCAGUAUCUUUCAGUCAAUUGAAUAUGCUGAUGAACAGGAUCAACUACAGCUAUCCAACUUUUUUACAUUCAUGCUGGAUCAUUGUACUCAUCCUGAUUCAGUUUCUCAAAUUUUCACCAGCCCUAGUUCUCCUCAGGUGGUGGAUGAAGACUUAUGUUUAAAAGAAUUUGAAAAGAAGAUUAAUGUUCCAGACUCCUAUUAUGGACCACGACUCUCAUUCCCCCUUACUGUUGAAGAUGCCAAUGCUCUCCUUCAUGCUUUCAGGAAUGAACAGCUGCUUCAUGCCCGCUAUGUACUGCAGCUGCUAAGUGAAACUAGGAGGGUUCUCAAGGAAAUGCCAAAUAUCACCCAUCUUUCAACUUCCUACUCCAAGGAGAUAACUGUCUGUGGAGAUUUGCAUGGAAACCUGGAUGAUCUUUUGCUGAUAUUCUAUAAGAACGGUCUGCCUUCAGAACAAAACCGCUAUGUCUUUAAUGGAGAUUUUGUCGACAGAGGGAAAAAUUCUAUGGAAAUACUUAUAAUACUAUUUGCAUUUCUUCUUAUCUACCCCAAUGAUUUACACUUGAAUAGAGGAAACCAUGAAGACUACAUCAUGAACCUGAGAUACGGUUUCACAAAAGAAGUUUCGAAGAAGUACAAGGACCAUUGGAAACAGAUUUUGUGUCUUCUGCGAGAUGUUUUUAGCUGGCUUCCCCUUGCAACUAUAAUUGAUAGCAAAGUUCUUAUCCUACAUGGGGGCAUUUCAGACACCACAGAUCUGGAUUUCUUGAAUGCACUUGAGAGAAAUAAGUUGAAAUCUUUGAUGCGGCCACCAAAGUCAGUGAGAGACAGACAGGACCAAACAAAGAAGAGAAUUUCCACAGCCAAACCCAGCAAACACAUUGUCAACCAGCAUGCUGCAGGGAAGACGCAACACAUCUCUUCAUCGGGCUUCGCUGAGCCUUCAGGCUCAAAUUUGCCUCCAGACCCCACCCUGAAGGAAUGGAAACAAAUCCUUGACAUUCUGUGGAGUGAUCCAAGAAGCCAGAAUGGCUGUACACCAAACAAGUGUCGAGGAGGAGGCUGUUACUUUGGUCCUGAUGUCACUGCCAAGCUGUUUGAGAGGUAUAAUCUGAAGAUGCUCAUCAGGUCUCAUGAAUUUAAGCCAGAAGGUUAUGAGAUCAGUCAUGAUGGGAAGGUUAUCACCAUAUUCUCUGCCUCUAACUAUUAUGAAGAGGGCAGUAACCGGGGCGCUUACAUCAAGCUGAAUCCCGAGCUGACCCCUCGGUUUGUGCAGUACCAGGUCAGCAAGUUCACGCGCAGGCAGAAUCUCCAGGAGAGGGUAGGUACAAUUGAAUCAUCUGCCUUAAAGUGCUUACGAGAGAAGAUUUAUGCUCACAGGUCUGAACUCACCAGUGCUUUUGCACAAUAUGACGUCAAUGGCACAGGCAGGAUUUCUGUCAACGACUGGGCUGCAGCGAUGGAGUCUGUCCUACAGCUGGAACUGCCCUGGAGGAUGCUGCGGUCUCAGUUAGCACAGAUGAACCCAGAUGGAAAAGUUGACUUCAUGUCAUGUUUUUAUGAUUUGAAAAUGGGUCAAUCUAUAAAAGAGGCUCAGCCAGCUUUGGCGGAAACACUGUGCAGAUACAGAAAGGAUCUGGAGAUCAUCUUUAACAUCAUUGACAAAGAUCACUCAGGUUUGAUUUCUCUUGAGGAAUUCAGCCAGACAUGGAGACUCUUCACUUCUCACCUGGGCAUUGACGUACAGGAUGACUCCAUUGACAAGUUAGUCCUCAGCAUAGACUACAACAAAGAUGGCCACAUUGACUUCAAUGAAUUUUUGGAGGCCUUUCACGUUGUUCACAGACUCGAGAAAAAGGCAACCUCAUGAAAAGGCAGAAGUUCUUGUGGGUUGUCUUGGAACCUCAGCUUGCUGUCAUUAGUCAUAAAAGGGCUGCUCAAUAGGGUCACUGUGCAAGCCUUUAUUUAGCCCUUCCUGGAUGAUCUGUACCUGCUAAUAAUGGGACAGAAGAGAUGAAAACCUACAC